CAAAACAGCACAAUCACCGAUCGUCCAAAAUUUGAAAAAGAAAAGAGCAGGAAGAAAAGAGGAGGGCGAGAUACCUCUUGAUACAAAGCCUGCUCAAACAUUCAUGAUGAAACUUCCCUAUUGAACCAAUCAUGAACUUCCUCCCUCCUCCUCCUCCUCCUCCUCUCCCCACUCUUAAAUUCUCCCCUCGUCACCAUCACCAUCACCGCUAUCACCGACAUGGCUUUCCCUCUCCUCCUCCUCUCUCUCAACGUCGCCUCCCUCUUCUCAUCGGCCCUCUCUCUCCCUCUCCAGUCCCUCGCUCUCCUCUCCCUCAAAUCCUCCCUCAACGACCCCCUCAACUCCCUCUCCUCAUGGUCGCCUGACCGCCACCUCUGCUCCUGGUCCGGCAUCACGUGCUCCUCCUCCUCCUCCUCCUUCGUCACCUCCCUCGACCUCUCCGGUCAAAACCUCUCGGGCCCCAUCCCUCCCGAGCUCCGCCUCCUAUACCCCUCCCUCACCCUCCUCAACCUCAGCUCCAACUCCUUCUCCGGCGACCUCCCCUCCUCCCUCUUCGACCUCCGCCACCUCCGCCUCCUCGACAUCAGCCACAACGACUUCAACUCUACCCUCCCCAUUCCAUCUCCAACCUCAACAAACCUCACUCACUUAAACGCCUACAGCAAUAGUUUCGCUGGCCCCAUUCCUCCGGUCUCUUCUCCAGCUUAAUGAUCUCCAGUAUCGUCAACCUCGGCGGGAGCUAUUUCACCGGCGCAUUCCCGCCGCCAGCUUGGCGAGCUGUCAAGUUUGCGGUACCUUCACCUAGCUGGAAACUCGCUCUCUGGGAGGUUACCGGAGCAGAUAGGUAAUCUUACCGCUCUUAAGCAUUUGGAGAUUGGGUACAACGCGUAUGACGGCGCAUUGCCGCCGGUGAUCGGGCGGUUGAGGUAUCUGGAGUACCUCGAUGUCUCAUCGGCGAAUCUCUCCGGUGAGAUCCCAGCGACGUCCGGUGAGCUCACUGCUCUGGAAUCCUUGUUCUUGUUCAAGAACAGACUCUCCGGUGAGAUUCCGGUGGAGAUCUGCAACCUGAAGAGUUUGAAGGUGAUUGAUCUCUCCGACAACAGAAUCUCGGGUCCGAUUCCUGAAGGGUUCUCGAACCUGACGAAUCUCACGCUGAUCAGCCUCAUGAACAACGAGAUCGCCGGCGAGAUCCCGAGAGGGAUCGGCGAUCUUCCAGAUCUCGAAGCUCUGCUCCUCUGGAACAACUCGCUGACUGGAAGUUUACCGCCAAGUUUGGGAUCGAACUCCAAAUUGGAGAAAUUAGACGUGUCGUCCAAUUCUUUAACCGGUCCAAUCCCUAGAGAUCUCUGCAGAGGCAACCGGCUCGUCCGGUUAAUCCUCUUCUCGAACCGGUUCAACUCAACACUACCUCCCAAUCUAGCUAACUGCUCCUCUUUAUGGCGCGUGCGAAUCGAAUCGAACCGUAUCUCCGGCGUGAUUCCGACCGGAUUCGGCCAGCUACCGAAUCUAACCUUCAUGGAUCUCAGCGACAACAAUUUCUCCGGCGGUCUACCUCCAGAUCUCGGCGACGCUAUACGACUCCAGCUUUUGAACGUAUCGAAAAAUCCUCUAAAAACCUCGCUGCCGAACUCUAUCUGGAGGUCGAAAAGUCUUCAGAUCUUUUCCGCGAGUUCCUGCGGAUUGGUCGGAGAGAUCCCCAGAUUCGACGGCGGAUGCGAGAAUCUCUACAGGAUCGAGAUCGAAGACAACGAGUUGAGAGGCGAGAUUCCGAUCGACAUCGGCGAGUGCCAGAAGCUUCUGACGCUGAAACUCGACCGGAACCGGCUCACCGGUCCGAUUCCAGUCGAGAUCUCGAAUCUUCCGUCGAUCACCGACGUGGAUCUCUCGUUCAACGAGCUCAGCGGUCCGAUCCCCUCGGAGUUCGGUAAUUGCACCACGCUUGAGAAUUUUAAUGUUUCUUUCAAUGAAUUAUUCGGCCGAGUUCCUUUCUCUACGGUUCUCAGCAAUCUUCAUCCGUCAUCGUUCGCUGGGAAUCGGGGGCUCUGUGGGCCGCCGGUGGGCUCCACGUGUCCCUCGGGCGUGAGGAAGACAGAAAGGCGGCCGGAGUCGGCGGAGAUCGUUUGGAUCGCCGUGAUGGCAGUUGGAGUCGCGAGCAGUGAUUGGAUUUUAGGGAUGGGUUCCACUGGUACUGUGUACAGAGCGGAGAUGCCAGGUGGUGAGAUAAUAGCGGUGAAGAAACUAUGGGCACCCCAAAAGGAGCACAAACAAAAGAAACGCCCUGCAAUUCUGGCAGAAGUGGAAGUCCUAGGCUCAGUAAAGCACCGCAACAUAGUAAAAUUGCUAGGCUACUGCAACAACAGAGACACCACAAUGCUGCUCUAUGAGUACAUGCCGAACGGAAGCCUCGACGACCUCCUCCACCGCAAGAAUCCGGCCAAGGGAGGGGGUAAGAUGGCGGGAGACUGGGGGACGAGGUACAGGAUAGCGGUGGGGGUCGCUGAGGGCGUAAGUUACCUGCACCAUGACUGCGAGCCAGCGAUUGUUCAUAGGGAUGUGAAGGGGAGUAAUGUGUUGUUGGAUGGGGAGAUGGAGGCGAGGGUGGCAGAUUUUGGGGUGGCUAAGUUGGUCGCUUCGGGCACAGAGAAGGCUAUGUCUGUGGUUGCUGGAUCCUAUGGCUACAUUGCUCCAGAGUAUGCCUACACUCUUCGAGUGGACGAGAAGAGCGACAUAUACAGCUACGGCGUAGUCCUCCUAGAGAUUGUCACCGGUCGACGAGCCGUCGAGGCAGAAUUUGGGGAAGGAAAGAGCAUCGUCGACUGGGUGAGAGAGAAAGCAUCCAAAGGAGACAAAGGAUCAGCACUGGAGUUGCUCGACCCCAACAUCAUCGGAGCAGUGGCGACGGGGUGCAAGGAGGUUAGAGAGGAGAUGAUGCUACUGCUAAGGGUGGCAAUGCUUUGCACCAGCCGGAAUCCAGCAGAGAGGCCGAGCAUGAGGGACGUCCUGUCGAUGCUUAGAUCAGCGAAGCCGCAGAAGGAGAAGAAGGGAGCGGUAGGGGAGAAGAAGAAGAAGCAGGGUGAUUAAUUACUUGGUGGGAUUUUUUUUUUCACCUUACUUUUCUCCCUGUAAAAUCAUUUGUUUUUUGUUUUUUGUUUUUUUUUUGCUUUUUUUAGUUCUUGAUUGUUUUGUUGCAUGUUGUCUUUUGCUGGUAUAUAUAGUGUGGAAUUGGUGUUAUGAAGAAUGGGCGCUAGACUCAAUCGAUGCUAUCAGGUGAGGAAUGGGUAUUUGAUGUUGUAUAUUACCUUCGUGUGAAACUUUACCCUAUUAAUUAAAUUAUUUGACUGAGCUUGUUAUGGAUUA